AUGUCAGAAUAUUCGCUUUCUGAACCAGCUACUAUUUUUACAACGGACGGCGAAUUUGAGUUCAACACUAGCAGCUUGAACUUUGAAACCUACCUUUCAUCGCCUGCAAGUGAAGAAGCCGAAGCAAUAACUUCCUCUGAGGCUACUCCAACUUCUCCCCGAAACUCCUCUCCACAAGAUACAUCUAACUCUCCGACGAGCAAUUCUCCAAACCAGCCUUCAAGGAAUUCGAAACAAAACUUUUUAUCUUUGUUUAAAAAAAAAGAUACUUCGAACAGUAUAAAUACCAACCCUACAACCAAACCCAUCUCUGCACUACCUCAACAAUCACUGGUCAAUGCAAAUAUUCUCGCGCAUGAUAGUAAUUUGGACACUACAGAAAAUACUGUACAAAAUAACAAUGAUUUAGAGACUAAUCAUAACGUAUCGCGAUCUAUCAUUGGUAGCGUUAGUGUACCAGACCUCCCUGCAUUGAACACUAAUGCGUUAGAUGAUGAGUACAAUGCAAUGAUCAAGCAUCAGGCCAGUGAUAUAGGCAACCAUGCUUCUGAUGGAACUCAUGGCCUGAUUGAUGACUUUUCCGGAGGAAAACCUUCAAGUGUUUCCUCUAAAAAACACAAAAAAAGAAAAAACAGUAUAGUCUCUGAAAAAAUGAUUAAGGAAGACUCUGGAUUUAAGAAUACGAUGAAAAAUACUAUGCGUAAAACUUCUACAUUUUUCAAAAAACUUGGUAGCAAGCAAACCUCCGAUUAUUCUUCUAAUCAAAGUGAACGCCCACCAAUUCCAGAUUUUCAAGUACAAAACUCUCAAAUUGUAUCUUCUAACACAUCACAUCAUAUACCAGCCACAUUAAAUGUUAAAAAUGAUUCUUUAAUUCCGGAACCUCUUUCCUCUGCUACAACCAUUGAUGAUAGCUUUUCAGAUAAUAGUGCAAGUAUUGAUGAAAAAGAAUUGCUUAAACGUACAUUACAAGAAUACUCCUCUGUGUAUGUUGAUUAUCAAUUAGACGAUGACAAUGAUCGAAAAUCAAGUUUAUACCGAAUGUCUAUAUUAGGUGCUAACAAAAGUGUUCCUGAUAACAUUGGGAGAACUUAUAGCUGGAAUGUUCAAUCUUCAUAUGAUACCACUGAGAAUAUACCGAUAAAUACGAAUUUUGCAACAAACUUUUUUGAUAGUAAAAGAGUAAGCGGAAACACAUUCAUGAGUUUACCUGUAAUAAGAAGUGAAAAGAAAAAAGCAGAAUCAAAAAUGGUAUUGGAAGAAAUAAAAACUUUUAGCUUAUCUCGAGUCAAAGAGGAAGAUAAUGAAGAUGAUGUCAUUUAUAAAAAAGCCUUAGCAAAACAUUCAAAAACAAAUGUGAAAAGGAACACAAAGAAUUCAAUGAAUAAUGAAAGUGUAUCCACUACGCAUAUUGAUCUUAGAUCUCCUUCCAGGAGUACUGACGAAUCAUCACCUAGUCGUAAAAGUAGUAAAAAAUCUUUUCAUAGCAGCAAAUCCACAACAUCUCUUUUUACACCAGGUUCUUUAAUGGCUGAAACUGAAGAUCACAUUGCAUUAUAUUCAUCAUUAUCUGCACAACAACGAAGAGUCGUGUUGAAUAAAAGUGCAUCUCACGGUUCCAUCAGGGAUAUGAAAGACGAAGAUACGAUUGUUGAUAAUAGAACAUUGAGAGCUAAUUUGGAUGCAAGAGGUUUGAGCAUGAAGCCAAGACCGGGAAGUGAAACAGGUACGAAUUAUCGUCUCAGCCAAGCUACGAUACCAAAACGGCCGGAUAAAAAAUUGCCGGAUAUACCAAACAUAGACUUAAAAUCUGAGGCUGAUGUGUCAAACUCUCGUUCACCGCAUUGUCAAGCUUCCAGCAUUGCCAGUUCUUGUUAUGAAACUGCCAGCGGUUCAACCGCUACUCUUCAUACCGCCCCACCUUCACCAGUAACGGAUAUUAUAGAUCCCUCUAACUCAUCUGAAGGAACUACACCAAAAAUACACGUUGACGACGUCUUAUUUGUGUCUAGUCCUAGUCCAAUUGAAGUUCCAUUUGAUGGGGUCCAAUAUUCAUUUUCGGAUGUUCCUGAGAAAGGUGCUGGCGAGGUUUCACUUUCUGAAGCAAAACUUGCCGCUAAAAGGUGUUUCGAUGAAGACGAAACUUUUGUUAAAAAAAGUGCAAUCGCAGAGUUCUUAGGUGGAACGAAAGCUUUGCAAACUCAAGCACUGAAAUUUUAUAUGGAAUAUUUCGAUUUUUCAAAUUUAAGAAUAGACAUGGCAUUUAGGUAUGUUAUUCAUUUUAGAGAAACACAACAAGUAGAUCGUAUCUUGGAAGCAUUUUCAAUACGCUAUUGGGAAUGUAAUCCAAAAUCAAUUUAUGAUAUUGUACAUGCAAUUGCAUAUUCGCUUCUACUCUUAAAUACCGAUCUACAUAUCGCUCAAGUUUCUACUAAGAUGUCACGUCAGCAAUUUGUACGGAACACGAUGGCUGCAAUCCAUGCUCAAAUCAACCUGGCAAUGCAAGGUCAUAAUGAAUCAUAUGAAGACGAUCAAAGUACAAUAACGUCUGUUGAUACAAACGUAACUUCUAGUACAUCAAUUACUGCACGUCCACGUCGUAGCGGAAGUAUUAAAAGCUGGAGAAGCAACACAAAUUCAAGCAUGACCAGCUUAUCAUUCAUGCCUCCUAGUUUUUCACGACAAUGGGAUUCGGAAUUAGAAUCACUCUUAAAAGACAUAUAUACAGUCAUAAAAUCCAAUCAAAUAGUGCAACCAUUUUCUGAACCUGAAAGAGCACAAUCAGAUCCGAACACACUUUCACCAACAAUACAACGUAGUAUGAGCCUUUUAGGACACCAAAGCUCUAGAAUUAACGCUCUUAAGAAAGGAAUUGCUGCUGCUAAUGCGAGAGCUCGUAAAAAUGCAAAUGGUAAAGUUUCCCCAAGUCCUAGUUUUGGAAGCAUUGGUAGCGAGUCAAGCCUCGGAGCUGAUAGUUUGGCUCGUUCAAGUUCUCAAACGCUACCUACACUAUCUUCAUUUUCUUUACGUCACGCAUCUUCAUCGGAGACUGCGCUUACGUCCACAAUAGCUGAGUGUAAUGAAGAUGAAUUUGAUGACAGGGCAUCCAUUGAUUCAACAUCCACUUCAGAGUCAUUAGAGUUAUAUUUAUCUGGUGCACCAUAUGCCAAAGAAGGAUUGUUGGUCAGAAAACAUUAUUGGGAUUCUACAAAUAAAAGGGCCAAAGAUAAAUACUGGAAAGAAUGCUUUGUAGUUGUUGAAAAAGGUGAAAUACGAAUGUACAAAUUUGAUACUCAAAAUUCGUCCGGUUCACCUGGCGUUGGUGCAAUAGGUGGAGGAAAUUGGAUGGCAAAUGCAACUGCUAUGGGUGAAGUAAGCCUCCGUCAUAGUAUUACCAAUGCUCUACCUCCACCUGGUUAUAAUCGCUCUCGUCCUCAUGUAUUUGCACUUUCGAUGUCCAAUGGCGGUCUUUACUUUUUCCAAGCUGGUACAGCUGAAUUGGUAGAUGAAUGGGUGUCAACAUGCAAUUACUGGGCAGCAAGAAUGAGCAAAGAACCUUUAACUGGUGGUGUGAGUAACAUGGAGUACGGAUGGGGCAGAUGUUUAGAACCAAUCCUUGAUGGUGAUGAAUUUUCAGAUAGGAAAAGUAUAAUGAGCGACCAUCGUAGUAUAAUGAGCGGUGGGUCAACUUAUACUACUGAUCGGAUUGCUAUUAAUGAAUGGAAAGCACCAAUGCCGCCUAGUGUGUCUAGCAAUCUUGAUGAAGCUGGACAACUUGCCGCUCUGAAAAAAUAUAAAGAAGAUCUUGAAGAAGAACUAGAGCAGCAUAAGAAUUUCUGGGAUCCAAUGUCAAAAUUGUUUAGUCCACGUUCAUCAAAUCACACAAAAGCCUUCUCAAAUUGGGAGAAAAAAUCUCAAUGGUUAUUAUAUGAAAUUAUUAAGUAUACAACAUAUAUCGAAUGCAUUGAAAAUUCAAUAGUUAUUCGUGAAAAGAGAAGAAAAGAAAGGGCCAAAUUAAAAUUGAAAGAAGCCGAAAUUAAUGAAAAGGUCAAUUCCUUAAUUGCAGCUGAAUCUACAGAUGAUGAUGAGAAACGAAAAGAACAAAAGCGCGCAGAAUUGCGUGCCCGUGCACGUUUAUCGAUGAAGUUACUUCAUCGUGCAACAUGGACUCCGGGUGAUGGUUUUAGUUUAAAUUUGCCUAAGGAUUUGUUUGGUGAAGAACAAUUGAGUGAUGGCGAAGAGGAAAGUAUUUUAGCUGAAUCGAUAAAUCAUAAUACUAAGCCUAAAUCUGGCACUGAGAUAAAAGCUGUGAUAGAAGAUGAACGACGGAUAGGGAAUGUGAGUGAUUCAAAUUUUAAUUCAGGAACUAAAUGGGUUGAUCGUUUUUCAUAA